AUGUUUUUUUCCAGAAAUGUUAUCACAGAGUUUCACAAUUGUAUUCUUAUGCUCCCAGUGGUUCAUCUUCCGCACCCUUUGAUAAGAGCAACUGGAAUUAUGUCAGAUUUAGGAUUUAGCGGACUGUUUCAGUUUUAUUUUUUAUCUGCACUAAUAAUACAAACUGGAUGUUCCGUAAUGGAGAUGUUCUAUUUCCGAUAUCAAGCUAGUGUGCUUGAUCAUAAGGAAAGAUACUUUACAAAAUUCGUGAAAUUCUUCACAUUUUCUUUUCGAUUCUUGACCUUUUUCUUCCCGGCAAUUACGUUUGGUACCUUCUUCUACAGUAUUCAACUCCAAGAGGAAUAUAAAAAAGAACUUGCUAUCAAAGAUCCAACUAUUCCGGAGAUCACAUGUUAUUCAUCAGUUCUUGCUGCCCCAUUUUCAGAUUCAAUUAUGAUUAGCACCAUGAUAACUUGGUUUGGAUGCAUGGUUUGUACUUUUUCCGUUAUUCCAAGUACAACAAUCUAUCUUAACUCAUAUCUACGAAACACACAGAACAUGUCAUCAGGAGUUAUAAGAAUGCAGAAAAUGUUACUAAAUAGUUUAAUCGUCCAGACUUUUGUUCAUGGAAUUAUGUUAGGAGUACCGAAUAUUUUGUUCAUAUACACAAUAUACUUUGGUUCCAACUUCGAAGUUGCUGCUUAUCUCGCUUUCGGAUGUCUAACUUUUCAUGGGGUCUUCUCAACGAUUGCGAUGAUAAUUUUUACAAAACCAAUUCAGGAUGGAAUUAUCGAAAUUUUCGGAAAUAUUGCAAAGGUUUUCCAACGCUUCACAAGGUGCUAA